UUCACAAUUAUAAAUAACAGCCAUUACUUCUAUCCCAGCCUCUAAGCCUCGUAACCAUGCUCCAAAGACUAAUCACCUUCACCACCUCACAUACUCUGUCAUGGUGGUUGUGGACGACCAAAAACAAUGACAAUGAGCUUUUGUUGUCAAGCAUACAUCUCACUGCUACCGUGUUGGUCAUCCUCAUCACCAUGUCAUGGUUUGCAUGGACAUUCAUCAACCAAUCAAAAAAGAACAACCCACGACCACCAUUGCCACCAGGUCCUCACACCCUACCCCUAGUUGGGAACCUCCUCUCUCUUGACCCCGAGUUUCACAAAUAUAUCACAACCCUGGCUAAGACCUACGGUCCCAUCUUCACCCUCUGGCUCGGCCAAAAGCUCACCAUCGUAGUCAGCUCUCCCGCCAUCGCACGCGAGAUGCUCAAAGACCACGACACCACCUUCGCCAACCGCGAUGUCUCUGUCGCGGCCAAGCAGUCUGCCUACGGUGUUGGUGACGUGGCGUGGAGUCACUACGGCUCCGAGUGGCGGAUGCUCAGGAAGUUGGCCGUGCAUGGAAUGCUCUCCAACACUCGGUUGGACUCUGUCUACAGUCUUCGGCGCGGGGAGAUCCGGAGAACAAUCGGGUAUAUCUUCCGAAACCUGGUCGGGUCUCCGGUGAACAUAAGUGAUCAAAUGUUUUUGAUUCUGUUCAACGUUGUUACGAACAUGUUGUGGGGUUGUAGCAUUGAGGGGGAGGAUAGGGUUAGCAUCGGGUUCGAUGGGAUGAUUCGGUUGUUGGGGAAGCCUAACAUAUCGGAUUUUUAUCCGGGUUUGGCCCGUUUUGAUUUGCAGGGGAUUGAAAAGAAGAUGAGAGGGGUGAUGAAACGGGUGGAUGAGAUCUUCGACAUGAUGAUCGAUCAACGGAUGAAAAGGGAUGGAGAGGGUGGGGAGAAGGAGAGUAAGGAUUUCUUGCAAUUUUUGUUGGAGCACAAAGAUGAAGGAGGUGAAGCCAAAACCCCUCUCACCAUGGCACAGGUCAAAGCUAUGCUCAUGGAUAUGGUGGUUGGUGGGACGGACACGACUAUCAACUCAGUCGAGGCUGCCAUGGCUGAGAUGAUGAACAAACCACAAGUGAUGCAAAAACUCCAACUAGAACUAGACACAAUAGUGGGCAAAGAUCACAUAGUAGAAGAGUGUCACAUCCCCAAAUUACCAUACUUAUAUGCAAUAAUGAAAGAGACUUUGCGUUUGCAUCCGAUCCUCCCACUCUUGAUGCCUCACUCCCCAAGUGAGACAUGUACUAUUGGAGGUUACACAAUUCCAAAGGGUACUCGUAUCUUAUUUAAUGUUUGGGCAAUACAUAGAGACCCUUUGAUUUGGGAAAACCCUUUGGAGUUUGAUCCGGAGAGGUUUUUGAACGGUAAAUGGUAUUAUAAUGGGAAUGACUUUGCUUAUUUUCCAUUUGGGUCUGGUCGAAGAAUUUGUCCCGGGAUUUCAAUGGCGGAGAGGGUAUUCAUGUUUUCAAUAGCUUCACUUGUACACUCUUUUGAGUGGAAAUUGCCUGAAGGAGAGAAAUUGGACUUGACGGAGAGCUUUGGGAUCGUCUUGAAGAAGAAGAUUUCUCUUGUUGCAAUUCCAAGCCCAAGAUUAUCAGAUCCAGGACUUUAUGAGUAAGGCUCCAAAAAUGUGCUUGCAUUUCCCUAUGGUAUUAUGCAUUAUGGAUGUUGAAUUUGUUAUGUGUGUAGUGUGUGUCCUUUGUAUUGUAAAUUUGUGUUUGGUUAUC